CAGCUAUUAAAGCUGUAGGCGCCCUUGCACUAGAGCUGCAGACUCCUGGAUUCUCCUUCCUCUCUCUUUCGCCUUCCUCUACCUCUACCAGAGCCACCAUGUCAUCCGUUCGACCCGCCACUGUGCUGGGUUGCAUGGCGAUGGGUGGUCGCAUGGAUCAGACCUCCAGCGCAGCGUCGGUGCAAGCUUUCCUGAAGCGUGGCCACACCGAGUUCGACACAGCCUUUGUGUAUACGGAAGGCCGGUCUGAGACAAUCCUGGGCAGCCUGGGGCUCGGGCUGGGUCGCAGUGGCUGCAAAGUGAAAAUAGCCACCAAGGCUAUUGGAACGUUUGGGAAGACAUUGAAGCCUGAUGAUGUCCGGUUCCAGCUGGAGACGUCACUGAAGCGGCUACAGUGUCCCCGGGUGGACCUCUUCUACCUACACUACCCAGACCACAACACCCCUAUAGAGGAGACACUGCAGGUCACCCACCAGCUGCAUCAGGAGGGCAAGUUUGUGGAGCUUGGCCUGUCCAACUAUGCCUCCUGGGAAGUGGCUGAGAUCUGUACCCUCUGCAAGAAAAAUGGCUGGAUCGUGCCAACUGUGUAUCAGGGCAUGUACAAUGCCACCACCCGGCAGGUGGAGAAGGAGCUCUUCCCCUGUCUCAGACACUUUGGAUUGAGAUUCUAUGAAGUAGACCAGUACUGGAAGGAUGAAUACUUCAAGGGCAUCGCUCUGGUGGAGAAGGCUCUGAAAUCCAGCUAUGGCACCAGCACCCCCAGUAUGACCUCGGCCGCCUUGCGGUGGAUGUACCAUCACUCACAGCUCAAGGGCGCCCAUGGGGAUGCGGUCAUUCUGGGCAUGUCCAGUCUGGAGCAAUUGGAGCAGAACUUGGCCUGUGUUGAAGAAGGGCCCCUGGAGCCGGCUGUCGUGGAGGCCUUUGACGAAGCCUGGAACCUGGUUGCUCAUGAUUGUUCCAACUACUUCCACUGGCUCUGACGUGGGGAGGUAUAGAGAUCACUGCCUGUCAGGCUGUGUUCUAGCCUGGCUAGUCUGGGCUGUGAGCUGAGUCAGCUGCUCUUUCCCUCCUCAUCCAGAUCUCCUCCUGUUGAAUA